CCUCUCAUCAGUACCACCUCAUAAAUGGCUCUCUGACCUGGUAUGAAGCUCAGAGCUUCUGCAGAUUAAUGUUAACCGACCUGGCCACGAGCGACAAGAACGAUCUGGUCAACACUCUUGGCAGUCAUGGGACAUACAGCUGGAUCGGGUUUCGAAGAGGAAACACUCGCAGGUGGAUGUGGUCUGAUGGCAGGGGCCCAGCUCACUAUACCAGGUGGAACGUUGGUGAACCCAGCAGCGGCGGUGUGAGCGAACCGUGUGGAGAGAUGACGGUUGGAGGAAAGUGGAAUGACGUACCGCGUGGAUAUGGAAAAGAUUUUGCGUGUUAUGAAACCCGGGCAGAUGGAACAGAGACAUUUGUGUUUUACCCAGGAAGAAGAACCUGGGUGGAGAGUCAAGAGCAGUGCAGAACUAAACACACCGACAUGGCCUAUAUAAGCAGUGCCUUGAAUAAUACAGCUGUUGCCAAUCAAGCUAACUCAUGGAACAACAAUAUGUGGAUCGGUCUCUUCAAUGAUGCCUGGAUGUGGUCUGAUGGAGGAGAAACCUCCUUCAGGAACUGGCUGAGUGGCUCAGAUUCAGGGGGAGACUGUGCUUCUGUUGCAGAGCAGGGACGCUGGGUUGGAGCCGAUUGCAACAAGAAGUCCACAUUUGUCUGUCAUGGCGAUCUUAAAGUAAAGAAGACUGUUAUAAGAAUGACGGUGCGCUCCGAUCUCGACCUCACUGACUCCACAAUCAGCGAUGCUCUUCUGGAAAAG